AUGAUGGGAUCCUCUUUUUCAUUUUCUGAUUUCGUUGAUUUUCGUCCUAAAGACAGGCAACACAUAAGAGAAAUUGGAAAAGGAAACGUUUGCUGGAAGAGGAUUGUGAGACGUCUGAGGAGAAGCAAAGAAUUCACACUCUUGAACUUUUGGGAAGAUUAUCAUCAUAGCAGAAGACUUGGGAAUUAUAACGAAGGAUGUAGUCCAGCUUAGAAAAUCCAUUGAUGCCAGGGAUGGUUGUUCUUCAGUUUGGUUUCAGAAGUGAAGAAAAAUGCAAUAUGCUUAAUUAUUUGUUGAUUUAUGUGGAUGAUGAUAUUUCAUGGGCUUUAAUACUGGCUGCACUCUCUGAUCUGGUCGGAGACAAUUGGUGUCGAUAAACUAAUCAACUUCUCAACUAACAAGUGAAGGAUUGCAGCAUGUAAAGCCAUUAAAGAAUUGCCAGCCAUUAAAGAAUUGCCGAUGAUUUCUUAUUUACAGGGAAAAAAUAGGGCCCGAAAUUUUACGAAAUUGUGUGAUUAAAUAGUUAAUAUAUAUUAUCUUAUUCAAAUUUAAACAUAAAAUUGAUUUGGUUCAGU